GACUGUAUUUGCAUAGAGUCAGCGUCCAUGUAGAAUCUCAGAUACAUAUAAGAAGGGCUGCCUAGCUAUAGCUUGUUCAUUGUACUUAGGAAGCAAAAUCUGAGUGUUUUCACCAUGACAUGGACUCUACUAUUCCUUGCCUUCCUUUAUCACUUAACAGGGUCAUGUGCCCAGGUUGUGCUUACUCAGCCAAAAUCUGUGUCUACGUCUCUAGAAAGCACAGUCAAACUGUCUUGCAAACUCAACUCUGGUAACAUUGGAAGCUACUAUAUACACUGGUACCAGCAGCAUGAGGGAAGAUCUCCCACCACUAUGAUUUAUAGGGAUGAUAAGAGACCAGAUGGAGUUCCUGAUAGGUUCUCUGGCUCCAUUGACAGCUCUUCCAACUCAGCCUUCCUGACAAUCAAUAAUGUGCAGACUGAAGAUGAAGCUAUCUACUUCUGUCAUUCUUAUGAUAGUAGUAUUAACCCUGUUUUCGGUGGUGGAACCAAGCUCACUGUCCUAGGUCAGCCCAAGUCCACUCCCACACUCACAGUAUUUCCACCUUCAACUGAGGAGCUCCAGGGAAACAAAGCCACACUGGUGUGUCUGAUUUCUGAUUUCUACCCGAGUGAUGUGGAAGUGGCCUGGAAGGCAAAUGGUGCACCUAUCUCCCAGGGUGUGGACACUGCAAAUCCCACCAAACAGGGCAACAAAUACAUCGCCAGCAGCUUCUUACGUUUGACAGCAGAACAGUGGAGAUCUCGCAACAGUUUUACCUGCCAAGUUACACAUGAAGGGAACACUGUGGAAAAGAGUCUGUCUCCUGCAGAGUGUGUCUAGGAGCCCAGGUUUCUCCUUAGCCUGGGAACCCUGCAGCUGUAGACCCAGAGCAGGGUCUCUUCUCUCUACUAGCUACCUUAUCCCUUCUCCCUUGCCCACUGAAUAUUAAAUAAAAUGUCAUUAGCUGAUCAAAA